UAGUGCAGGUGAUAAACGAUAAAAAAAAUACUUGAAGGUCCAGCUAUUCUUAUAAAUUUAAGCUUCGAGAUAUUUGGAUGAUUAUCCACACUUCUUCAUAUCAAACGAUACCCAUCUGAUGUAAUGUGAUCGCGAAAUGAAGAGGACCGAAUUGUUUCGGGUUUAAAAUUGACCCGCACCCAUGUUCAUGCAGACCACUUGCAGACGAAAUGGAUGGUGACUGGCUAAAACUACCUUUAAUUUUGUUGUAUUCCAUUCUUUUCCUCGUAAUAGGAGUGACAGUGGUAUUGGCAGCUGUGGGAAAAUCACUUGGAAUCAGGAAAUUGUACAUAAAUACUCUCAUACUAAUUUUUGAGUUUGGUAAGACAAAGAUAGAAAGGUAUGAAAAAGAGAGAGGUCACAGAGAACCUAGAGAGUCGGAAUGCCAGGAUGAUUCGGAUAAACCAGCUGACAAACCUACAAAAGAAAAUGGAGAAAAAACCCUGAUUCAACGAGACAUCGCCAUAGAUGCCUUUCAGGGUAUACACAUACCAUCCAACCGUGCGGACUAUGACCUCACCAACCUUAAAAAGGAAUUCCACAUUUCUGAUAUUAUGUAUUUUGCAAAAUGUGGAGUUGAGGCCAUAAUUGAGGAUGAUGUCACCAAGUGUUUCUCAGCUGAAGAAUUACGCACAUGGAAUUUUCUAACCAGAACUACGCAUGGCCACCAGUUUAUAAGUGUUCGUCUUACAGUUUUAUGGUGUUUGGGAUGUCUAUUCAGAUAUCUGUUUUUACCAUUUAGGCUGAUACUGUUAUGCAUUGGGCUUGGUUGGUUACUAUUUUCUACAGCUGUUAUAGGAGUAUUGCCAGAUAUACCUUUGAGGAGGCAGUUAAAUAGAUAUGCUUCCUUGGUCUGUCACAGAAUUCUCUGUAGAGCCUGUUCUGCUGUUGUGACCUACCAUGGCAGAGAGAACAUGGUUAAAAAUGGGAUAUGUGUGGCUAACCACACUUCUCCAUUGGAUGUUAUCAUUCUGUCCUGUGAUAACUGCUACUCCCUUGUGGGCCAGAGACAUGGGGGUUUUCUUGGUCUAGUCAUGAAACUCUUGGCCAGGACUGCUGAUCACAUCUAUUUCGAGAGGUCGGAGGUUAAAGACAGGUUCAUUGUUGCCAAAAGAUUAAGAGAGCAUGUAGAAGAUAAAAAUAAACUACCUAUUUUGAUUUUCCCAGAGGGCACAUGUAUAAAUAAUACAUCAGUGAUGAUGUUCAAGAAAGGCAGUUUUGAAGUCAGUGAUACUAUAUACCCAGUAGCUAUAAAGUAUGAUAAAAGAUUUGGCGAUGCUUUUUGGAACAGCAGUAAGAUGGGAAUGGUGCAGCAUAUAUUUGAUUUGUUAACGAGCUGGGCCUUGGUGGCGGAGGUGUGGUAUCUCCCUCCCAUGCAUAGAAGUGAAAAUGAAAGCGCUGUUGAUUUUGCUAACAGAGUGAAAAAAGAAAUAGCCAGACAAGGUGGACUGGUAGAUUUAUCAUGGGAUGGUCAGCUGAAACGGAUGAAGGCCAAAGAGUCCUGGAAAUCAAAAGCACAGGAUGAUUUCAGCAAAAUCCUUAAAGUGGAAUGACUGUGUUCAUGUUCAUGUACUGAACUUUGCUGGCAUUAGACAUUUAUGGCAUUUGUUGUUAAACUGUUAUCAAAGGUAGCUGGUUCAUAAUAUUGAAUGAAACUACAUGGAACUGUUUUAUUUUAUAUUUUGCUUUAAUGUGACCUGCAGCAGUAGGUAACUGCAUUAGUCAUGCAGGAAAUAAGACUUGAAGUAACAAUAGUUGUUGUUUUUGUUAUAUUAGUUUAGAGGUUUCAUAGGUGCAUUAUUUUAUACUUGUUGUACUGAGCAUUUGUUUUAGAUCAUGAUAUAUUGUUUGUUGUUGUGAAAAGUUCAUGUUAUGAUGAUGCAUGUAUUUUUGUACUUAGAAAUACUUAUUUCAAAUGAAAGGAGGGUAUAGGGUUGGGUGUUAUGUGAUAAACAUUCCAUUGGGAAACUUGUAGUCUUCAUUCAAACAUUGUCUCAUAAAAUAUUCUGAUCUCUGAUCAAAUAAUAUUUUCACAAUAAAGAGUAUAUCCCGACCUCCUAAGAAAAAAGUUAUAACUGAUAUAUUUGUUUUGAUUUUUGUACUGGGAGAAGUGUUGUCAAUGGGAUAUAUGUGGGCAAGACAAUUUAUAAUCUAUAAUACUUCACUUGGGAUGGAUUAUAUCCUGAAAUGACCAUAUUUGCCCCCAUUACGCCAUAGGUUAAAUAUGUUGUCAAGAAAAUGACAUAAAUUCAAAAUUUCAUCCAUUUUGGGAGAAAAAAGUUAACUUUACGUUGAUAUUUUGAUAAGAAGUCAUUGAGUGCAGGUCUGCACCAAAUCAAUCUUUUGAUAUGUAAUGUGUAGAAUGAUACUUAAAAGUUGAACUGUGAAAUCUCGAUCACUGAUAUCUCAAAUACCAUGGAUAUGUCAAAGGAUAUGGUAUGAUUCAAUUUGGAUAAUAUGAUUUGGAAGUCCCAACCACUUAUUUUUUCAGUAAUUUUACCCCUGAUAUCUCGAAUCCUCUGAUAUCUUGAAGUUUUUUCUCAAUCCCAUGGAGUUUGAGAUAAUGAGGUUUGACUAUAUUUGAAUAUUACACUGGAGUAGACUUGCCCUCUGUAAAUUCUAUAGUCAAAUUUGAAUAAAUUUGUUCAUUUUGUCCUUUUUCUUGAAAAUAAAAGAAAAUCCAAAUAGUAUGUGAUGUCACAGAAACAAGAAUUCCUAAUGUUCUAUUUCCAAACUAUAAUAUUUUUUUAAAAUUCAGAUUUUUCAUACAAAGUAUACAAUUGUGUACAUUAAUAAGAUUUUCAAAAUGUGGCUUGGG